AUGAAGAUUCCACUUCUUGAACUCAAGAGGCACAAGAAAAGCCUUUCUAAUCCUAUAUCUGAUAAACGAAUUACUGAAAAUAUGCUAGAUGGGGAUUAUCUGACUCCAGAGGAGCGUAAUCAAGUUAUUAACAAAUUAACCAUGCGUUUCUCUGAUUCUCCAAAAUUGGACAAAGAUUAUAGUAUAGAUAAGGAAGGCGAGCACCAGAGUGAUUCCUAUUGGAUUUUCGGUUCACAUUGUCCAAUAUGUAGAGAAAAUCAUAUGAGUUUACAAGGUAAUUGGUGGUUUGAUAAUCGAAGUAAAAAGAUAUAUUAUUUGUGUUGCGAUAAUUUAAAAGAGCCGGGAAUUUCUAUUGAUGAGGUAUUAGAAGCUUAUACUGAAAAUUCAGAACCGAUUCAGGAGUUAAAAACUCAAUGCUUCACAUCACCUAUCCCUUGGAAUAAUGCUCUUAAAUUUCCGAAUAAAACCAUAGCAGUGGAAGCAUAA